AUGGCGAGUCCUCUUCAGAAUGGCUGGUAUCCAAUUGAGUGUGAUGAGUACACCGUCGGUCUGAUUACAGUUCUUGAUAUCCAACUCGCUGCGGUAAAAGCCAUUCUUGAUGAAGAACACGAGGAACCUUCGGACUUUGAACAGCCACAGCCUGACGACAACGUGUACACUUGGGGUCGCAUUGGAAAGCACAAUGUUGUAAUUGCUCCUUUGGUUUCCGGAUCGUACGGCAUUGUGCCAGCAGCAAUGACCGCAAAGUCAUUGGUCAUGUCUAUUCCAUCGAUCCGCAUCGGCCUUCUCAUCGGCAUCGGUGGUGGUAUUCCCUGCCCUGACAAAACUCGUGAUAUCCGACUGGGUGACGUUGCAGUGAGUAGGCCAUCGGGAGACAGUGGUGGUAUAGUGCAGUAUGAUCUCGGGAAGCAAAGGCUUAACGAUUAUAAGCGAGUUGGGUUCAUGGCCAAACCACCUGCCAUUCUUCUCAACGCAGUAACGAACAUCGAGGCGAAUCGGAUGGGAGGCAAGUCAAAAAUGCAGAAGAUCUUGGCAGGCUUGCAGCGAAGACUAGACAGGUCAAUAGGCUUUACCCACCAGGGCCGCGAGAACGACUGGCUAUUCAGUGCCUCAUUUGAGCACCGAGGGGAUGGCUGUGACGAAUGCCGGAUGUCAUGCGAUCCACCCAUCGGUGCCCAAAACACGAGACCUUCAGUGGAGCCACAAGUCCAUUACGGCAUAAUUGCAUCUGGAAAUACGGUGAUGAAAGAUGCGAGCCACAGGGAUGAAUUGGCUGCUGCACUCAAUGACCGGACGGGAGGAGAUUGCAUCUGUUUCGAAAUGGAAGCCGCUGGUCUGAUGAACGACUUUCCCUGCCUCGUUAUCCGGGGAAUUAGCAAUUAUGCUGACUCCCAUAAGAACGACAAGUGGCAAAAGUACGCUGCUAUGACUGCCGCUGCCUAUGCGAAGGAAUUGCUUGGGGUUGUUCCGGCCAGGAAAUUGAAAAGACAUCGAAACCAUUGAC